UAGUUUGGCAUAGCUGCGUGGGCUGCAAGCGUUGCCCUGCGCAACGAAAGAAGGUGGGAUCCACCAGUGUAAACACAUAAAUCAGAGACUUGAACUUCGAUUUCAAGAUUUUGAUUCUUUCCUUACAAUAAACCUUUACAACCCUUCAUCUCGCAUACCCUCAAGACUUCUUCAAUUCUCUGCCUCUUAGGCUAGAACUACACUGCUUCAUUACAACAAGCUUUCCAAAAAGAAAUACUUUCAAGUCUACUAGAUCUUAUCGCUGCUACAGCCAUCUGAUCGCCCCUCCGACUCAAAAGCUAUUCUUUGCGGAAGCACCCUUCGAUAUAUCGAGUAGAACAAACGUCUAUUACUAACCAUUACCCAGAUCCAGGAAUCAUUAACUUGAGUCUCUUGGAGAUCGUUCGAUUCAUCGAAGCUCUCUAAUCACACUCACUUACCUACUCCCUCGAGACAUUAGGUUGUUCUUCGUCGGAGCUCAACUAUUUCACAUCUCGAUACCCACAAUCAUCGUCAUACUCUAGACAAUCAGACAUUAUGGCAUCUGUUGCAGUAUCGACUCCCCUCAAGUCCCACAAGGGACUUUUCUCCUCUCGUACCGCAGGCGGUCGUAUGCCUUUAACACCUUCCCCUCGGCAACGCACCACAAACAAUAUUGCCCCUGCACGUAUAGAAUCAUCCCCCUUCACCCCUGAGAGACAGUCGUCCAGCAAUGGAGUUUGUCGUCCGUCGGGAAAGUCGGGGAAGUCGGUUUACGGAGGCAAUCUUACGGCACGCCUUGCCAAGGCUAGCACGAGAAACUCGCACCGUGAAUCGCCCAAAUCCAAUAUCGCUCGCGAUGUUUCGAGCCCUCGUAAGGCCCUCGAGCUAGGUGUAUCAGACUUCACUCUCGUUGGCACCGGACCUACCAAGACUCCUGCUAGUCCCAAGUCGAAGAAGGCUCCUACGAGAUCCAAGUCUAACAAGACCACAAUUACCUACGCUGCGGAUCGCUUUAUCCCGAACCGCAGCAACAGUUCCGCCAUUGCCAACAAAGGUUCCGCAAAGCUUGAUGUGCAGGACAAAAAGCGAUCGAGAGCCACUACUGAGGGCUCUGCUGUCUUGUCUUCUGCUACGGACGAUGCCAUCACUGCCCUUGAGGGCCUUAACAUUAACGAUGACGACACGGCGGAUUACUCUCGCCCAUCUCCUAACACGGUAGCUUACCAAGAUUCUUUGGCCAAUGCUUGUGGUGUCAACCUCAACACUCGUAUCCUUCAAUUCAAGCCGGCACCCCCUGAAUCAUCGAAGCCUAUUGAUCUUCGACAGCAAUAUAACCGACCAUUGAAGUCAGCAAAUGCCAGCUCCGGCCAGUUCCGACGCCGCAUUGCGACUGCGCCUGAACGAGUCCUCGACGCGCCUGGGCUGGUUGAUGAUUAUUACUUGAACCUCCUUGACUGGAGCUCUGGUAACCAGGUUGCUAUCGGCCUUGAGCGUAGUGUCUACGUCUGGUCUGCCGACGAAGGCUCUGUUAGCUGCUUGCUGGAGGCCAACGAAGACACUUACGUUAGCAGCGUCAAGUGGUCUGAAGAUGGUGCCUAUGUUGGCGUCGGUCUUGGAACUGGCGAAGUCCAGAUUUGGGAUGUUGCAGAGGGCGCCAAGGUCCGCAGCAUGUUUGGUCACGAUACUCGUGUUGGUGUAAUGGGAUGGAACAAGCACCUUCUCUCAACUGGAGCCCGAAGUGGGCUUGUUUACAACCAUGAUGUUCGUAUUGCCGAGCACAAGGUUGCUGAGCUUGUUUCCCACAAAUCCGAGGUUUGUGGCCUCGAAUGGCGAUCCGACGGCGCUCAACUUGCCACUGGAGGCAAUGAUAACUUGGUGUCGAUCUGGGAUGCUCGAUCCCUAGCUGUCCCCAAGUUCACCAAGAACAACCACAAGGCCGCUGUCAAGGCAUUGGCCUGGUGUCCCUGGAACAUGAACCUGCUCGCGACAGGUGGUGGCUCUUACGAUCGUCACAUCCACUUCUGGAACACCACAUCUGGUGCCCGAGUCAACAGCAUCGACACAGGGUCUCAAGUCACCAGCCUUCGAUGGAGCACCAGCUACCGCGAGAUCGUUAGCUCCAGCGGAUUCCCCGAUAACUCUCUCAGCAUCUGGAGUUACCCCAACCUAGUUCGCAAUGUCGAGAUUCCUGCUCAUGAGAGCCGAGUUCUCCACAGCUGCCUUAGCCCUGAUGGACAAAUGCUCGCAACUGCUGCUGCCGAUGAGAGCUUGAAGUUCUGGAAAGUGUUUGAGAAGAAGGCGGGUACUGCCUCUGGCCUCGGUGCCAGUGGCUCUUCUAGCAAGGCUACCAUGGCCAAGCAGAUGACCAUCCGAUAAAGCAGCACCUUUGCGGGAUCUGGUAAAUGUCAGGAUCACAUUCGACAAUCGACAAUCGACAGUAACGGUAGGUAUAUCCAUUUCGUUCUGGCAUCUCUGGGACUGCAUUUGGGUGUCUGUUUAGCGAGGCGUUGGAAUUUCCUCAUGCCUACGGGUAUGAAGGGAUCUCUACGGAACAAGGACUUGGUCAUGAGCUACGAUAGGAUAACGCCUGCUACAUGAGAUGGUAGCACUUGGAAUUCAUAUUCAAUGUUGUGAAUGAAUUCAAUUGUAUUAUAAUUCAGAUGAGGGUAGUAAUACUGGUAUGGUAAUAUGGAUGGAAGGAGUAUAGUUUACCUAGGUUAGUUAGAUAGCCAAACAUAUCAAUGAUAUGAGGUUGACUCGGUGUUAAUUAUUCUGCUUGUGUUUCUGAUUGUUUGUUUAUCAAUACCUAACUUAGUAGAUUCGCUACAUAUGUAGGAAUCCGUGACGUAGAAGAACUUGCAUUAGGUACAUGAGGUAGAUGUCUAUGAAAAGUAUGUGAAUAGGUACAUAAUGUAUUGAGAAUAUCGAAAUUGAAAGUAGCGUGGGUAGGUAUUAUCAUUGAUGUAAGCUUCAAAGGGUAGGUAUUUAUUUCGGCACUUCAAUGUUGUUCCUUGAACUUCCUUCCUUCUUUUUUUUUUUUUUUUUU